UCAGAGCGUUCUGUCGCGGCCUCCUCCUCGAUUCCUUGCGGGUUCUAACCCUAGUCUUUAGCCGAGGGAGGAAGAGGGUGAGAGGAGUCGAGGUGAUGGAAUCGAAUUCGAUGGUUGGAUAUUUGGAGAACAACGGGAACCACGCGCCUUUUGAUGGGCCCCUGAAGGUCAUCAUCGACACGGAUCCUGGGAUAGAUGAUAGCAUGGCCAUAUUAAUGGCAUUUCAAAAACCAGAGAUUGAAAUUUUAGGUUUGACAACAAUUUUUGGAAACGUGAGCACUGAAGAUGCUACUCGCAAUGCCUUGCUUUUGUGUGAGAUCGCUGGACAUCCUGAGGUUCCAGUAGCAGAAGGAAGCCAUGAGCCUUUAAAGGGAGGAAAGCCACAUGUUGCUGAUUUUGUUCAUGGUUCAGAUGGUCUUGGCAAUAUAUUUCUCCCACCACCUUUGGGAAAACAGAUAGAGAAAACUGCAUCAGAAUUUUUGGUUGAGAAGGUUUCUCAGUACCCUGGUGACGUGUGCAUCCUUGCAUUGGGACCUUUAACAAAUUUAGCAUUGGCCAUCAAAAGAGACUCUUCCUUUGCAAACAAGGUGAAGAAGGUGGUUGUUCUUGGUGGGACUCUCUUUGCUGCUGGAAAUGUCAACCCUGCUGCGGAAGCUAAUAUUUAUGGAGACCCAGAAGCAGCUGAUGUGGUCUUUACAUGUGGAGCAGAUGUAGUAGUUGUGGGGAUAAACGUCACUACUCAGGUCAAACUUACAGAUGCAGACCUCUCUGAGCUAAGAAACUCCAAAGGAAAACACUCGCAAAUCUUGUAUGACAUGUGCAAGUUUUACCGAGACUGGCAUGUCAAAUCUGAUGGUGUUUAUGGUAUUUUCCCACAUGAUCCUGUAAGCUUUGCUGCUUUAGUUCGUCCAGACCUUUUCACAUUCAGAAAGGGGGUUGUGAGGGUUGAAACACAGGGCAUUUGCAUUGGGCAUACAUUGAUGGACCAAGGAUUAAAAAAGUGGAGCACCAGCAAUCCUUGGACAGGUUAUUCACCAGUAUCAGUUGCAUGGGCGGUUGAUCCGCCUGGAGUUCUUUCUUUUAUCAAACAACUGUUCAUGAAACCAUGAACUGAGAAAGGGUGACCGAAAGAAGUAAAUCACGUCUAUUUGGUCGCCUUUGGCAGAUAUUUUAAACCAAAAAUUGCUAUUUGCAAGUCUAAUAAGGAAGGUAUUUCUCGAUAAAGAUCCUUUCUGUAAGCAAUUUCCUCAAGUUAUUUCUCCCACUGCAGGAUCUAAGAAUAAAAAUGGUUUCAUUUUUCAAAGAAAAAAUUGCUAAUUUGCAAUUUUCACCAUCUUAUUGUGGGUUUGGAGCCCUCAGGAUUUUGUUACUUAUUCAUGUCUUGCGUCUGCAUGGCUCUCAAGUUCGAAUCUGAUAACAGGCAUCCAUGAUCUCCCUUGUUUUGGCCCUCUUCUAUCAUUGAUAACAGGUGUAGAUAGGAGAGUUAUUAAAAAUAGGUAAAAGUGCAACGAUUAAAUUAAGUAGCAUAUGAUUAAGAGAUUAUGAAUGUAAUGAUUGUUAGACUACAUGUGAUUAAGCAUCAGUUCAAAAGAUUUGGAAGCUUUAAUUGCAUAGCUCUGUCAUAAGGUGGCAGGAUCAUGGAUUAAUGAUCUUAUUGAUAUUAUUGUUUGAUACCCUCAUACAGUAAGAGUCUUAUCCUAAUUACUGUAGGUGUUUUAAGAUGGAUUCAUUAACACAAGUCUCUAACUAAGAGAUCAAGAAGUCCUCAUCUGGCUUGUGGAUUGUGGUAGGAGAGCUCUAGGAUUCCAACCAUCUCAAUUUUGUUUAUAAUACUGGUUUUAAUGCAUACAAAUAUGGUUACUACUAUCUAGAUCUGUGCAUAGUCAUGAAUCAUCUUAUUUUCUUUUAUUGAUUCCUAACUUGAUAUCAUUAGGUGCUAACUAGUUUAGUAAGUAAAAAUUCUAAUAAUUUCUCAAAUUUCAUCUUCAAAUUACUACUCUAGAUUUUCAGAAACUAACUUGUGUAGUAAUUAAAUUCUCACCUCUACUUUUUUUCUUGUUUGUUAUAUAUUUGCACUUGUGUGGAUCAUAUAUACUCUCAUAUCUGGCAUCAUGGUUCACUACAUAAUCUUCUACAUCUUGAUCAAAAUAACUAGAUAAAUAUUGUUCUUGGCUUCUCUUUUUUUCUCAACCUGGUUUGUAUUUUCUAGUGAAUAAUCUACUGUUGCAUGCGUCACAAAGUACAAUAGAACAUAUAAAUGACACCUAUGCUUGUCUCUCCAAAAGCAUAUCAUUAACAAAGACUGUAUAGUCUACUUUUUAAUUGGUACAUGACAUGUGCACUUAUUCUCCAACUUAGAUCUGUUUCUUGCAGUGUAAUUGGAAUGAUUAACGAGGAAGAAUGAGUCCGAACAGGGAAGUCGGCAGUGGGAAUGGGACUGAUAGUGGAGGGGAGAAAGGCAUGGUCGAAUGUGAUUGGACUUUAGUGGCUUUUCCGAGGCAUCUCUUCAUGUCGAUUACGAUGUGUGCAAGGUGGUGUGGCCAUUGAUGACCACCAAUGAAGCCGCCGAAGAGAGGAUAAGCGGAUUGUUAUGAACUCUAUCUACUCUAUGGCGUUGUUGUCACUGCUUCUGCGAGUGCGGUAAGACGAUGACCAGAUUGCAAUGGCAUUUGUCUGCCAUGAUGCGGAACGUGAGGGCUGGUGCAACGCCCCAAUUUAGUCCCCAAGUGCGGUAUUUGUAAGGGUGAUGAAUGCAUUACUGUUAGUUUCAGAUUAAAUCUCAUUAAAUCAAUUAUUAUAACACAAAUAAUGAACAAAUAU